AUGGCUAAAGGAAUAGCAGUAGGACUUAAUAAAGGUUUCAUAACCACAAAAUUAAACAAGAAAUUCAAAAGAGAAUAACCCUCUAGAAGAAAAGGAUCUUUGGGUAAAAGAGUAGCUUUAGUUAGAUAAACUGUUAGAGAAUUGACUGGAUUUGCCCCUUACGAAAAAAGAAUUAUCGAACUUAUUAAAGCUGGUAGUGCCAAAGAUAGCAAAAAAGCAACUAAAAUUGCAAGAAAAAGAUUAGGUACUCAUAGAAGAGCCAAAGUAAAAAGAGCCUUACUUGAAGAAGCUGUUAAAUAACAAAGAAAGAAAUGA